AUGGAGCCGCGGAGCCGCAAAUCUGAUUUACGGCCCCGCAGUUACAAGGGCUGCCUGCCACGGGACUGUUUUAUUUGGCUGCAAACUGCCGCGUUCCGGCUUCCUGAUAACGCAUUUCCUCCAAGAGGGGACGAAACGCCCUCGUGUAGGAGAUUCCCUUCCUUAGGUUUUGGGACGCCCAAAUCAUCCAAGGGUUUCCUGGGGAAAAGCAGCCCUCUCUGGCAGUACAUCCUGGAUCACUCCUUGCGGGAGCACCCCAUGCUGAAGAAGCUGCGACUGCUCACUGCCGACCAGCCCUGGAGUAACAUGAUGGUGUCCUGUGACCAGGCUCAGCUUAUGGCAAAUUUGGUCAAACUUAUCAAAGCCAAGAAAGUUAUUGAAAUAGGUGUUUUCACGGGAUACAACACCUUGAACAUGGCCCUUGUCUUGCCGGAUAAUGGCAGAGUUAUCGCCUGUGAUAUAAACGAGGACUAUGCCAAAAUUGGAAAGCCUCUGUGGCAGGAGGCAGGCGUAGACCAUAAAAUUGACCUACGAAUUAAGCCAGCAGUUCAAACGCUUGAUGAGCUACUGGCCGCUGGAGAAGGAGAGACCUUUGACUUUGCUUUCAUUGAUGCUGAUAAGGAGAGCUACAACGAGUACUAUGAAAAAUGCCUGCGCCUCAUAAAGAAAGGGGGAAUAAUAGCGAUUGAUAAUGUCCUUUGGGGUGGAAGGGUGCUAAAACCAAGGAAGGACGACUUGGCAACGCAGAGCAUUCACCACCUCAACGAGAAGCUUCUCAGGGAUACGCGAGUCAGUAUCAGCAUGAUCCCCAUGGGGGAUGGAGUGACAUUGGCAUUCAAGUUGUAGCCGCAGGAAGCCCAGCAGAUGGGAAGCAGCAAGGAGCACCAACCACCAGGAAAGAUGGAGGUGGAAUACUCAACAGGAAUGAUUAUUUAACCCGGGUCUCCGCAGGAUUGCUUAGCCUGCUAAAGCAGACUUUAGAAUCAGCAGGAUCCCUUACGAGCAGCUGAGUUGAGAAGAGAGAAUUAUUUUGAGAUUAGUAUGGCUUAUUUUA